AUACCACCAAAAAAUAAAGAGGAUCGGAAGGAAGUGGAACGAUUGCUGAAACUGCUACCAGCAUUCAAAGACAAUAAAUCGUUGCCUAAAGAAGCGAUUAACGACGAUUUGAUAUUCAGUUGUUAUUGUUCAAUCACGGAUCGAACUGAUGUACAAAGUGUAUUUAAUGAUAGGUUUAAUAAUGAGAGACGAGUUCGAAGUGAUCUCUUUGCGAAGUACCUCAAAAAGGAGCACUAUGAUGCACGGCUAAAUGAGCUGCUCUAUCCGAGUCCUAAUGAGGAAAACGCUCAAAUGCUCAUUGAUGAAUUUGACAAAUUCGGUCAAUAUUCACAAAUGUUCAUUCGUUUUCUUCCGUUAUUCCGUCAAAAUCUCAUUCAGCAGCAUUCAAAAUCCAAUAUUCUCAAGGAUCAUUUCACUCUGAAAGAUGAAGAUAUGCAUAAACCUUUAUCGCACUAUUUUAUCAAUUCAUCACACAAUACAUACCUUAAAGGAUAUCAGGUGAACGCAAAAAGUUCUGUGGAAAUCUACCGAUAUGUUUUGUUGUCUGGUUGUCGAUCUGUUGAGUUGGACUGCUGGGAUGGAUCAAACGGGGAACCAAUCAUAACACAUGGACCAUCCCAGUUAACCAGAGUUACACCAGUUCCUUUCAGGGAUGUUAUAGUGGCAAUCGCGGAAACAGCGUUUAUCACAUCCGAUUUCCCGGUUGUGCUAUCGUUCGAAAAUCACUGCAGUGUUAAGCAACAAAAGAAGAUGGCUGCAUAUUGUCGUGAUAUUUUUGGUGAUUUACUGUUGAUCGAUCAACUCGCUGACUAU